GCUACUGAAACUAUAGCCGAGCCUCUUCAAUUAAGAAAGAGAGAGAGAGAGAGAGAUAGCAGCCCUUGGAGCACACAAAGCUGCUGAAACUAUGGUCGAGGAGAGCAUGACUAGCAAAACAGCACAAAUAGAAUCCGAUCUUGAAGUUCCUCUGGGCAAAGUGCAGCCCUUUCGCAUAGCCAUGAAUCCUAAAUUGUUUGAAGCAGCAAGAUCAGGAAACAAAAGAAUUCUGGAUGAAUUACUGCAGCAAAAAGAUUUUUUUUUUGGGGCUUCGGCGGGGGAGAUAACUAGCUGCCUCCUUGGAGUUAUAGUGGAAGGGAACACGGCUCUCCAUAUUGUUGCAAGCCGAGGACAUCUCGAGAUUGCCAAGGAGAUCUGUUGUAGAGAGAUCUCUCUUUUGGCAGCACAAAACACGAGGCUCGACACUCCAUUGCAUUGCGCUGCAAGGGCUGGGGAUGAGAAGAUGGUCUCCCUCAUCAUCCAAUUUGCAAGGGAGGGCGAGAUCAAAGAAAGGGGAGUCUUGAGGGCCAAGAAUAGGGACGAGGCAAAUGCUUUGCAUGAGGCCGCCCAAUAUAACCAUGCGAAUAUGGCCAAAGUACUGAUGGAGGAGGAUGUUGGACUGGCGUCAAUGCCGAAUAGUGCCGGCAUGUCUCCGCUCUAUCUGGCCAUCGUGACAGGUUCCAUCGAUGUAGCCAAAGCCUUGCUACAGUCUUCCUCCUAGGAGAAUGCUUCUCCAGCAUCUUAUGCAGGCCCUAACAAGAGCACGGCGUUGCAUAUAGCAGUCCUCUGGAGUCGAG